AUGGCACAAUCCAAGUCCGCAACAAAGCUGCGGCAAAUGCUCGCCGACCCGGACAAAAUCAUCGUCUGCCCAGGCGUGCACGACGGCCUCACAGCGCGCGUAGCGUUGAACGUAGGCUUUGACGCCCUUUACAUGACCGGCGCAGGCACAUCCGCCUCCCGCCUCGGCCUCCCCGACCUCGGCCUCGCAACCCUCGACGACAUGUCCCUCAACGCCUCCAUGAUCGCGAGCCUCGACCGCUCCGCCCCCCUCAUCGCCGACGCCGACACCGGCUUCGGCGGGCCCCUCAUGGUCGCGCGCACCACCGAAAGGUACAUCCUCUCCGGCGUCGCAGCGCUGCACAUCGAGGACCAGGCCACGACAAAGCGGUGCGGACACCUCUCGGGGAAAGAAGUCGUCGACACAGCGGCCUACGUGGCGCGGAUCCGCGCCGCGGUGAAGACGCGCGAGAGGCUGGGCUCGGAGAUCGUGGUCAUCGCGCGCACCGACUCCUUGCAGCCGCUGGGCUACGCCGACGCAAUCUCCCGGCUAAAGGCGGCAGUCGCCGCGGGCGCCGACGUCGCGUUCCUCGAGGGCAUGCGGACGAGGGAGCAGAUGGCGAGGGUGGUGCGGGACCUGUCGCCGACGCCGUGCCUGCUGAACAUGGUGGGCGGCGGGGUGACACCUUUGGUGACGGCGCGGGAGGCGAAGGAGGAGUUCGGGUUCCGGGUUGUGAUAUGGCCGAUCGCGGGGAUGACGAGCGUGUGCAUCGCGAUGCGCGAGCUGUGCCGGGAGCUGAAGAGCGAGGGGGAGAUCAGGGAGAGGUAUACGGAGGAUGGGAGGGUCGAUGGCGGGGUCAGGGAUGUGUUUGAGCUGUGUGGGUUGUCGGCGUGUGCGGAGUUUGAUAAAGAGGUUGGGGGCGCGAGUUUUGCGAAUGGUGCUUGAUGAGUGGUUCUGUAUUAACCUAGUGAUGGGGCUGGUUUGAGAGACAGCGAGAGAAAAAACUCUCCUAAUCGAUCCUUCAUAAACUUCGAGAUCUAUUCUAAUUCUAAUUUUUAUUUGGGUAGGUAUAGUUGUAAAAGAAAAGGGGGGGAGACAAGGGGGAAUCUUCCCAACGAUCGGGUUAUGGCCACGCUUCCUAGGUUUAAUGAAGGUCGGCAGGUUCUCUCAAGCCGUCUUCUGACCAUACCUGCCC